UUUAAAACAUGCCUUACAAGUAGCCGUUAGGGUGCCUCCUUCAUCAUUAUCUGAAAAUUCCGCCAAGGUUUUCACCAAAUCCCGACUGAUUCACAUUCCCAUGCAAUUGCGCGCAAAUUCGGGUUUUUUCCAAUAAAGACUGCAACUUUCUGAUUCUCCAAAUUUAUAGGCACCCUUCUGUUCUGUUCAUAUUUGAAUUCUGAGAGCUUUUCAAGGCUGAAAUUUCUGAUUAUCCAAAUUUAUAGAGAACCUUCUAUUCAAGUUUGAAUUCUGAGAGAUUUUCAAGGCUGAAUUUUCUGAUUAUCCAAAUUUAUAGACACCCUUCUGUUCAUAUUUGAAUUUUGAGAGAUUUUCAAGGCUGAACUUUCUGAUUCUCCAAAUUUAUAGGCACCCUUCUGUUCAUAUUUGAAUUCUGAGAGCUUUUCAAGGCUGAAAUUUCUGAAUCUCCAAAUUUAUAGACACCCUUCUAUUCAUGUUUGAAUUCUGAGAGCUUUUGAAAGCUGAAAUUUCUGAAUCUCCAAAGUUAUAGGCAUUGUGGGAAGCGAAAAAGAAGCAGCAAUGAAUCCAUGGCUUCGGAGAAUUUGGAUCCCAAUGUGAUAAAGAAAAAGGGUAGAGUUGAGAAAUUGGUAAGAGUGUUUGAGAAUAUGAAGGUUCCUUCAGAGCCCACCAGGGCCUUUAGAGCCCCAAAUGCAUUGCCAUUUGUUCCAAGUAGGAGGAGGUUUGUCAGUAAUGGGAAAGUUGGUAAUGGUAAUGUUAAAUCUGGUGGAGGAGGAGGAGGAGGAGGAGGAGGAGGAGGAGGAGGAGGGCAGGAGAAUAAGCAUGAUAAGGUUGAGAGAUGGACAAUGGCAAUGUCAAUGAGUUGUGAUCAUAGGCCAUUGGCUGAGAGGCAACCUAACACUAACACAAACACUAAUAUUCUGUCUCUCAGUAGUUCUUCUUCUUCUUCUGAUUUUUUUGAUUCAGAACAGUCCCAACACAAGAAUGAGGGUGAUCACAGUGAUGAGAUGCAGAGCUCUCAAUCAUCAGGGCCCAGUGAUUACAGUUUUGGAGGCAGAAGAAAAUGCAGGAAAGGUUUCAAUUCAGAAAAAGGAUCUCUGUCUCCACUGUGGGAUUGGAAAUGGAAGAAAGAAGUGAAAGUCACCUCUGCACAGCCUUUCAGGCUAAGAACAGAGCAAAGAGGUCAAAUAAAAGAACAACAAUUUAUGAAAAAGAUACAACAAAUAUUGGAUGAAGAGAACAAGUAUCGGGUACCUCGUGCACAAGGAUUGCCAUGGACAACAGAUGAACCACAAGUGUUGCCGAAACCCCACGUGAAAGAGCAAACCAAACCAUUAGACGUCAAACUUCAUAGUUCGAUUAGAGCAAUUGAACGAGUUCAAUUUGAUCUUUUAAUGAAAGAAAAACUUCAUUUUCUUCAGCAACAAAAGUUAGAAGAAGAAAGACUUCAAAAGUUUUUGGAAGAAGAAGAAAUCAAGAGCUUGAGGAAAAAAAUGAUCCCUCGUGCUCAACUCAUGCCAUUUUUUGACCAUCCAUUUAUACCAAAAAAGUCCACAAAAUCUCCAACAAUUCCAAAAGAACCCAAAUUUCGCAAUACACAAAAUACAAAAUGUUCAACACAAAAUUACAUCUCACACGGAAAACUAACAAGAAGUUGCCUACUUUGACUACAUGAGAAUUAAUUUGUAUGUAUAGAUUUAUGUAAAGUACAUUUCCUUAGUUGAGGUGCUAGCAUAUUUCCUUUUUCAAGGUUGAUUGUGGAGGUAUCAACUAACUACAAGUUCGUUGUAUUAAGUAGCAUAUUUAAGUGGGAUUGUUAUUGGUAUCCUAUUGACUAUGUAAUGGGGUGAUUUCAAUGGGGUGAGGUGAUUUCAAUGGGGUGAUUUUACUUUUAAUCGACCAAAGAGAUGUAUCAUCAAUCUUUGAAAAUAGUAUAUAUUCAAAAUAUUUGGAGUAUCUUAUAGAUAA